AUGUGCUCCAGCCGCAAGAUCCUGUGGAGCCUGCUCUUGCUGUCCGUGUUGGAGGUGGGCCUGGGUGUGGCGAGCAUCGUCCUGGGAGCCGUGGGCAUCAGCAGGGUCCGUGGCGAGCACAAGCCGCAGCAGGGCGACGCGUCCCCGGUGUGGAGCGGGCUCUGUUUCCUGGUCUGUGGGAUGUGCGGAGUGUUGUGUGCUCGAAAGAGGACGGGUCUUAUUAUGAUCCUGUUUUCAGCGUGCUGUAUCUGCGGGCUGAUUGGUGGCAUCCUCAACUUCCAGUUUGUUCGGGCGCUGAACAAACGGCCAGACUCGAUGCACUCGAUCCACCUGGCUGCCAUGACUCUGGCCGGUCUGGGUAUCACAUCAUGUACCUUAUCAACGUGGCUGACCUGUCGCCUUGCCAGCUCUGAGCAGCAGAGGAUGUUCCUUGAGAGGGAGCACUCACUGCACCACUCGCAAGAGAUGACCGAGAAGGUAAGACAACAACAGGAGAUCCUGGACAACUCCAGCAAUGGCAUCCCUCAGAUCUCCUACAACGGGCACACCGCAGCAUCACCAUGAUGUCACCAAAGGGGCGAGGAAUCAGUUGCUGUCAACAGAUGUACUUCCUUCUGAUAGGACUGUACACAGCCCUGCAACAUGCACAGCGACUGUGCAGGGAGUGAAUCAAAGUCUCUCACCUUGGAAAUCUGUUUUCUACAAGAGGGAGGCAUCUGUGCUUCUGACUAGCUAUGCAAACGUGGGCUUAAACCUCUUCACUUCAACUCAAACCAAAGCCAGGACGUACGGCUGUCGUUUGGGUGAUGAAGUCAGGUGGCAAAACCUCUGCGUGACAUCGUCUGACCUCGAGGGUAAUGAGCAGGAAGAGAUUGCAGGUGAUCCAGUUUUUCUAAAAAGCAACUGCUGUUUCAUUCUCAACGCCCUUAUUGUUUGUCUUGUUAUGGGUUUAUGCAAAUUUCAUCUGAUAAUGGAAUGCUUUGGCAUGAAAAUACAGUCAUGCCCAAUGUACUGUACCAUAUAUCCAUGUUUGUAUA